AUGGGUCCGAGAUCACUAUCUAAGUUAAAGAAGAAGGGCGGGAGUGCCAUGAUCGUUAUAUUUCCCGAAGGGGGAUGGGGUAUGGGGGACUUAAGCGAGAGGAGGUGAACUGUCGGUUGUUUUCCCGUGACCUCGGGGCUGUGUACUCUAUAUCAACGUGGAGUAUAGGCUUGCACCGGAACACCCCUUUCCAACUUGGAUCAACGAUUCGUGGGAUGCGCUUAGCACGCCGCAGAGCUCGGUGCCGACCUACCUAUCUAGGGGAUUUGUUAUCGUGGGAGGUUCGGCUGGUGCUAAUAUAACAGCAGUGCUCACACAUAUCGCACGGGAUGAAGAACUCUUGUCUCCUUUAACGGGCCAGGUGAGGCUUGUUCUUAUAUGCCACUCUACUUACUGUAGACAGCUCCCGGCUCUGAGGGCUUCGCGAUAUUGCUACUGUAGUUAUUUACUUACUAAUAUAUUGGCAGUAUCUUAGCGUUCUUACUAUUAUGUGCUUCCUGCCGCCUUCUUAUAUCCCCGCUCAGUAUCGAUCAGAGUAUCGUUCUAAUCCUCCUGUCUCGAUCCCAUCCUCAACGUAGAUUUAGGGCCUUUGAAUCCACCACUUAUUACUAUACUCAUAACAGCAACCAGACUCCUCCUCAGCAUACUUCCCCUUGAUCUCCUCGUAAGUAUUUUCAGUAUCACAAGUAUACGUAGCGAUAUUUCUAGUCUCUUAUUCGUACCCUUCCAUUACGGGACGAUAGAAAGAGGAUACUAGGAUCUCCCGCCGGUUUAUCUCCAAGUGUACGGGCUAGAUCUACUGCGUAA